UAACAGUCUUCUCUCUCACAGGUGGAGUUAAGCUUCACACCAGAUGCCAUGGAGGCCAUCUCACACCAGGCCAUGGAGAGAAAGACUGGGGCCAGGGGUCUACGUGCUAUUAUGGAAAACCUACUCUUGGAUGCCAUGUUUGAGAUCCCAGGGUCAGACAUCGUGAGCGUACACUUGACAGGCGAGGCGGUGAGGGGAGAAGCUUCACCUAUUUACAUCCAUGGCCAGCCAGUGUCUUCAGAGGAGGACCAGGAGGAGGAACAGGCUCUUGCUCAAGCCAAGUGAAGAGAGAGGCAGUAGGAGGUGAUAAUUUUGUACGUUGAAUGUUAGGUAUGAGUGUGUGCGUUUGUGUGUGUGUGUGUGGUCGAGUCCUCCCCGUGUGAUGAGGUUAGAAAAUGGACAUUAGUGUACCCAUACACACAUGCGCGGCGGUACAGUCGCGUUACCUGGCCGUGCUCUUGAAAAUAUCGGGAAAGGGUAAGGAUGAGUCACGGCAGUUCCAGUCCUGAGGUUGAAAAUAUAGGAAGUGUGAUGGUUUAUAAAAUACUCUUAUAUAGUAAUUUAAAUAUUUUCACUACUAUGCUGAUGAUGAGUAACUAGACAGAAGAAACAGUAAUGUGUGCUUAAUAUAAAUACAGUAGAAAUAGAUAUAAACAGUUGUGGUGAAGAAGGGUAGGCUGGCUGUUCCAACAAUGCCCAUUCUUGUGGACUUUCAAAUAAAAAAAAAAAAAAAAUUACUCCUGAAAAUUUCCUCAUAGGGCUAUUCAGGUGCAAAUAAUUAUGUACAAGGGAAUGACGAUAAGUGACCUCCAGUGUACAGUUGGUGACACAACCACAAGUACUGAACAAAAUAAAACCGGCUGAAUUUUU